AUGGCCCACUUCUAUGAUUCGUCAUCCGAUGAGAAAAGCGAUGAUGAACGUACGCCGCGAGACAUCGUGAAAGACAACUUGCGCUAUUGCAUCAAUAACGUUCAUUCGACAGGGUCAUUCGCGACCUUCGGUGUUGUAGAACGCUUUGCUAACCCUGGUAUUUCUAUCGAUCCACUUGGCCUCAUCAGGCUCCCGCUUUCAGAAGAAGAUGCAAAGGCUAUUGUCAGGGCGAGCAACAAGGCCCCGUUCGGUAAAGGUAACAAGACGCUGGUGGAUGAGUCAAUCAGGAAAACAUGGCAGAUAGAUGCUGACAAAAUACAACUUCUCAACGAUGGCUGGCAGGAAUGUCUGAACCGCAUCGUUGAGCACGUAUUGGGCGAACUCGGCGUCGCUUGUGCAUUGACCAAUGUCCGUGCAGAUUUGUACAAGAUGCUGCUCUAUGAGGAAGGCGCAAUGUUCAAGGAGCAUAAAGACACUGAGAAAAUCCCUGGAAUGUUUGCAACUCUCGUCAUCUGUCUUCCGUCGCAGCACACGGGCGGGGCUGUUCGACUGCGUCAUGGGCAGAAAUCGCUUCAGUUUGCCACAAGCGAGCGUUCAGCGUUUGACGCCACCUUCAUUGCUUGGUACAAUGAUGUAACUCAUGAGAUCGAGCCAGUUCAAGGAGGUCGUCGCUGGGUCUUGACAUACAAUCUUAUCAAAAUUAACCACCAGAUCGAUCAAUCCGCUUCCAUGCUCGAUGCGCAGAUUCAGCAAACGGAGUCGGUCUUGAGGCAGUGGUCAAGCUUAGACGAUGCCCCUCAAGCCCUUGUUUAUGCCCUAGAACACAACUACACAAACAGAGGACUGACUUUGGCUGGACUCAAAGGUGCCGACUAUCACCGUGCCCGCCAUAUGACACAAAGCUGCGCUUUGCAUGGCGACUUCUUCACCCUACUCGCUAACCUGGAGAUGCAUGUCACGGACAUGAACGGAGAAGACUGCGAAGAGACCCAGUCUGAAUAUCUGCUUCCUCACAUCGUGGACGUCAAUGGAAAUAAUCUCUCAGUCCAUAGAUCUUUCAGGAUACCAGACUCGCUCUUUCUAGAUUUGCCGGCUUAUAAAGACAGAGACCCAGACGUCCAACAUGGUGGAAAUUACACCGGGAACCAGUACGCGGAGAUAGAGCAGUAUUUCAAAGACAGUGUGAUGAUUAUUGUGCCAGCGCGUUUCAUUGCCAGAUUCUUGCUGACAAGCAAAUAUGGUCCUGGACCAUUAGCCAACCUUGUAAAAUCGCUUGUGUAUAAGCUGAAACAGAACGAUGACCAAGACCUGCGCAAAAUGCUGCAUCAAGUUUGUGAAUGGCAAUUAUCCCGCAAAUACAAAGGCAAAGGAGCCAACGAUCAGUACCUUGGUACCAUCGCUGUCGCUGCCGUCUCUCUUGAAGAUCCAACACUUUUCACCAAAGUCGUGAACGAACUUACCGACAGCUUCUCUGAAAGCCUCUAUGAUCAAUUGGGUGGUCUUCUUUGGCUUGAUGACAUGGUUGUGCCAGAAAAGGACGUCAUUGAAUGUCUCACAAAAUCUGGCAAGCUCUCUCAGAUCAGCAAAAAUAUCGAAAGAUUUCGUUUAGGGUAUCUCCGAACAGAUCCUGCCCCCUUAGACGAGCUUGAAAAGUCACGUCUACGGAGAUGGGUGGACACAGUAGUGUUUGGUUGCUUGCACAAGAUUGAGGAUGUUCACGAUGAAGAUGCUACCACUUUGGUCGAUAUGAUCGUAGGGCGCGAGGAGGAGCCCUUCAGUCAAUUUGUUCUCUAUCAAGGCGCCAGAGUCUUCGCGGCAUACUUUGCAAAGGACCUAACUUUCAUGAACGCUUUGCUAGUAGAACUCUUGUAUCGCCUAGCACAACCGUCCCAGUCCAACAUCUAUCUCGAAAGCCUUCUCCAGCGAAUCUUGAGUCCAGCCUUUUCAACCUUCAAUCUCAGCUACUAUGCCUUAUCAGUGAAAGCUCGCGAUUCCCGUCUCAAAACACUUCAAAUGGAAAUCGCUGGUCCAGCCCAACAGCUCUACCAGCGCGCGACCGCCCAUGAAGGGAAGUUGCCGUCACGAUUCCUCAACAAAAUCGAGGAUCAAGUCCCCAAGCUCACCAACGAGCAAGUGAAAGAAUUCCUCACCCCAUUUCUGCACAAGAUGAUCAACGUCAUAGACUCGUCUGCUCCACAGGCGCAAAAGACCGCCCAAAUACUCGCCGCCACCUACAUCCAGCGCUUUGUAGGAAUAGAGCCCGCUAAGCCAACGGACUGGGCUCGACCCGAAGAGAUCAUGGACCCCACCAAAUGCGACACCAAGAAACAGUGCAAAGAGUGCGCAGAAAUGAACGCCUUCUUGAAGGACCCCGAGCAGCAAACUUUUCAGAUCCCCACCAAGCCGUCCGGCGAAAUCAGCAGCCACUUGCGAUACCGAUACGACUACUUCAAGAACUUCGAGCAAGAGAAGGGGGGUGGGGGUGGCUGGGAGGUUCGCUCUAUUACGAAAACUCUGAAAUGGUGGGAGAAGCGGCAUACACAGUGGGAGGAGCGCGCGGCACAGGCUGUGAGUGCGCUGCAGAAGCUUCCGCAGCCGGGGCUUAAGGAGUGUUUGGGGAAACGGUAUGAUGAGAUUGUGGAGUUGAGGGCGGUGAAAGUGGGCGCGAUGGAGGAUGUUGGUGAAGGGGGGGGGAAGGGGAAGGGGAAGGGGAGGGGGAAGGGGGCGUAA